AAUUGACACCAACAUUAAAUAUCUUCUUCUGUUCAACCACUUACUAUUUCGCUAACAUGUUGAAAAAUUUAACCACUGUCUUUGUUGUGCUGAGUGCUUCACUCAUGCUGUUGUCUGCUUUACCAUAUGGCUUUCCUAACUUCCGAUCAUCCUAUCGUGGAGGCUAUGGAUUUGGUGAUAUUGGCGGAACUUACAGCAGAUUUCCAGGUUUUGGAGGUGCUUAUUCAGCUUUUCCAGCAUAUGGCGGUAUUCAACAUCCACACAAUACAAUAAAUUACCACCGUCAUGUAACGCCAUACUCAUAUGGAGGUAGAGGAUUCCUAAAUAACUUUCUUAGUGGAUCAACAUUACCUUCAAUGGCUCUCGGAUUUUUAGUUGGGAAAGCCUUAUGAAAGAUACCAAAUACAGUUGCUUAAUAUUGCCAAAGACUAGGAGACGUUUGUGUAUAUUUAUAAACUAGAAGUUGUAAAAUAAAAUGUCUGUAUUGUUCAAA